GUGCUCUCCACACUUGUCCAUAUCUUUGUUUACAUUAUAUAUAAUUUCUACUACUUUUCUUCAAUGGCAUCCAUAACAAAUAUCCAAGAAUUAUCCAAAAACCAAUAUGACAUAGAAAAACCAUCAACCAAUAUGGAAGUUGAAAUAGUAGAUUACUCAAAAAGAGCACAAUGGCUUAGGGCAGCAGUGUUAGGUGCAAACGAUGGAUUACUCUCAACAUCAUCUUUAAUGAUGGGAAUAGGAGCAAUUCAUCAAGAUUCAAAGUCUAUGAUCCUCACCGGUAUCGCGGGGCUAGUAGCAGGAGCAUGUAGCAUGGCUAUAGGUGAAUUUGUGUCCGUUUAUUCGCAGUAUGACAUAGAAAUGUCACAAAUUAAAAGAGAGAACGCAAUGGAAUUGUUUGAAGAAAAAAAGAAAAAGUUGCCUAGUCCUUUAAAAGCUGCAGGUGCAUCUGCUUUUGCAUUUGCAAUAGGUGCAAUUGUACCUUUAUUAGGUGCUGCUUUUGUGGUGGAUUAUCAUGUGAGAUUAGGAGUUGUGGUUGGUGUUGUUAGUUUAGCACUUUUAGGGUUUGGAGGAUUAAGUGCAUACUUAGGGAAAGCACCAUUGGUUAAGUCUUCAUUAAGAGUGUUGAUUGGUGGAUGGUUGGCUAUGGGAAUCACUUUUGGAUUUACGAAAUUAGUUGGUGUUACUGGAAUCUAUGCUUAAUUAAAAACUAUAGUAUAUAAUUUUUUACUUUUUACGUUAAAAUAAAUUAAAGGUCAUGUCCCAGUAUAA